UUUCCCAUAAUGCAAUGCUGGUCGGAAAGGAAAAAGACGAUUUUACUUUGUACACGUAUUGUUUUUCCCAGAUUUCAGCCACGUAACUAAAUCGAAGUCUCGACGACGUGUCCAGCAUUAGCCACAUUACAGACUCAAACAUCAGUCUUCAAGUCUGGGCACUCGUUCAAGUUUAGUCGCCUACUUUAGCCUAGCUUAGCCCAGCUGGCUAACCGCUAACAAAGCUGCAAAGCACGUCGCCACGCGUGCCGAAAUCAAGUCAGAAAUAUGUUCGCGAGAACUACAACGACUUCAGAAAAGUUCCAAGAGGAACUUUGUGGAGUGAAAGAGGAGCCCCCACGUCACCAAGAUUCGACUGUGUGCAAAACAAUGCACGCCAAGGUUGUUUUUCACAAACUCGAAGAUCUCUAUGUCAGCCAAGCCCAUCGUCUUGAGCACCAGGAGUCUUCUUGCGUCAAGGGGGAGGAGGACGAGUCGCCAUACAUCAAGGAGGAGGAAGAGUCCGUUCACAUUGAAGGUUUCAGAAAAUAUAUUGGUGCUGAGACAGAAUCGCUUGGCGUUAAAGAGGAUGUGGAGCUCCCCCAAAUUAAAGAGGGGGAGGAGCCUGAGCCCUGUCAACAGGAGGAGAGAGAAGAGCACCUUCCAAUCAAAAAGGAGGAGGAGGAGCUGCCACAUGGUAAAGAGGAGGUAGAGGAGGAGCAUAUCACCAGGUUGACUGGUGAACCCUUGAAGAGUGAAGAUGGUCCGAGUGAGGCCAGCAGAGGGGCGGAGCCUCCAAGCGAGGGGAGUAGCAGCAGUUCAACAGAAGGAUUGCAAGCAGACAUUGACAUUGCUCCAUCAGACAGAGAUGGCGCCAAGUCACACUUACCUUAUAAUGAUGAUGGUCAUAAGACAUCUCACGAUGACGACAAACUCUGCAAAUGCUCUCAGUGUGGGAAAACCUUUGCUACUAAGCAAAGUUGUCGUAGGCAUAUGAAGAUCCACACUGGUGAAAAACCUUAUGUCUGCUCAGUUUGUGGUCAAAGAUUGGCUCAAAAGCAAGACUUACAAAGUCACGAAAGAACCCACACUGGUGAAAAACCUUUUUCCUGCUCAGUUUGUGGAAAAGAAUUCUCUUCGAAGAGAGAACUAAAAAUUCACACAAGAACCCACACUGGAGAAAAACCUUUUUCCUGCUCAGUUUGUCAUCAAAGAUUCAGCCACAAGAACACCUUAAAACAACACACAAGAACCCACACUGGCGAAAAACCUUUUUCGUGCUGGAUUUGUGAUCAAAGAUUUGCUCGGAAGCAAUGCUUAAAACAACACACAAAAACCCACACUGGCGAAAAACCUUUUUCCUGCUCAGUUUGUGGUCAAAGAUUCACAGAAAACAAUAACAUGAAAAUACACGCAAGAAUCCACACUGGGGAAAAACCUUUUUCCUGCUUAGUUUGUGGAAAGAGUUUUGUUCGUAACGGAGACUUAACAAAACACACACGAAUCCACACUGGAGAAAAACCUUUUUCCUGCUCAGUUUGUGGAAAAUGUUUUAUUCGGUCAGGAGACUUAAAAAAACACACAAGAACCCACACUGGUGAAAAACCUUUUUCCUGCUCAGUUUGUGAUCAAAGAUUUUCUCAACAGCAAUGCUUAAAACGACACACAACAACCCACACUGGCGAAAAACCUUUUUCCUGCUUCAUUUGUGGUCAAGGAUUCGCACAUAAAACAAACUUACAAACUCAUGAAAGAAUCCACACUGGUGAAAGACCUUUUUCCUGCUCUGUUUGUGGAAAAUGUUUUAUUCAGUCGGGAGACUUAACAAUACACACAAAAACCCACACUGGUGAAAAACCUUUUUCCUGCUCAGUUUGUGAUCAAAGAUUUGCUCAGAAGAAAAGCUUAAAACAACACACAAGAACCCACACUGGCGAAAAACCUUUUUCCUGCUCCAUUUGUGGUCAAGGAUUCGCACAUAAAACAACCUUAAAAACUCACGAAAGAAUCCACACUGGUGAAAAACCUUUUUCCUGCUCAGUUUGUGAACAAAGAUUUGCUCGGAAGCAAUCCUUAAAACAACACACAAGAACCCACACUGGUGAAAAACCCUUUUCCUGCUCCGUUUGUGGUCAAGCAUUCGCACAUAAAAAAACCUUACAAACUCACGAAAGAAUCCACACUGGUGAAAAACCUUUUUCCUGCUCUGUUUGUGGAAAAUGUUUUAUUCAGUCGGGAGACUUAAUAAUACACACAAAAACCCACACUGGUGAAAAACCUUUUUCCUGCUCAGUUUGUGAUCAAAGAUUUGCUCAGAAGCAAACCUUAAAAAAACACACAAGAACCCACACUGGCGAAAAACCUUUUCCCUGCUCCAUUUGUGGUCAAGGAUUCGCACAUAAAACAACCUUACAAACUCACGAAAGAAUCCACACUGGUGAAAAACCUUUUUCCUGCUCUGUUUGUGGUCAAAGAUUCGCGCGGAAAGAUCGGAUAAAGAGACACGUGUGUGUUGGUGUGGGAAGCAGUCGCUAAUGACUGCUUUGCCUGUCAUCCGUGCUGGCUUUAUGAGAUUUUGCACGCCGGACGAUUGUAUUCCGUUGAGCUUUCUUAAAUCCUGUUGAGGAUUGGCACUUUCGGUACCUUACUUUGUCCAAUUGUUGUAUGAUGUGCAUUCAGCCUAUUGCCAAAACCUCACCUGAUUCAAUUCUCUCAAGUUAAGUAGCAUUUUUUAUAUAAUACUCUCCCUUUUAAACUAUACUUUUCACAUUUAUUAUUUAAAAUGGCAGACCCCAAAUUCCAAAAUUUCAAAAUCCUUCAUAAAUGAUGUCAUUAAAUAAAUAUGGAAAAUUAGGAUAUAUUGUUCAAUGUUGCAAAAUAAUAAUAAAAGAAAUUCUGGCUCACAAAUUAGUUUUUUUUGUGUUGGGAUUAAUGUAUAUUUCUUUUCUUUUU